AUUACAGGCUAUUAACCUGAAACUGAAAGAGGCGCAAAACCCCCCCCCCCUUCUCUCUCUAGGGUUUUAUUCCCGAUCCUGCAUCAUUUUAGUUGCUGAAAGAAAUGAGCUUGCUUUUAAGAUUAAGGCAUCAUUUACCUAAUGGGUUUUACUGCAGAUCUCAGAUUGUCACUCUCAAUGCUUUUGGCUCUUCAAUCAGGAAUUUUAACCAGCCUGCAAAGCUAGAACAAGACGAAGAGGACGAAGAAGUUGAGAUAGAUCAACGGAGACUCCCAGCUGACUAUGAUCCUUCUAAUUUCGAUCCCACCGAACACCGCAGUCCUCCAACUGAGCGUGUCUGGAGACUCGUUGAUGAAAUCUCUGGCCUUACUUUGUCUGAAAUUUCAGAGUUAGGCUCUAUUAUAAUGAAGAAACGAGGAAUGAUUGAGCCGCCGACUGUGGGAGUCAUGAAGGCUGGUGCUGCUGCCGGCUUGGCAAUGAAGACGGCUGGUGGCGGGGCGGCAGCGGCGGCAAAGGAAGAGAAAAAGCCAGAUAAGACAGUUUUUGAAUUGAAAUUGGAGUCAUAUGAAGCUGCUUCGAAGAUUAAAGUAAUAAAGGAGGUUAGGAGUUUCACUGAUUUGGGUCUCAAGGAAGCUAAGGACUUGGUUGAGAAGACGCCCUCUGUCUUGAAGAAGGGUGUCUCCAAGGAAGAAGGUGAACAAAUAAUUGAGAAGAUGAAGGCUCUUGGUGCCAAAGUUGUUUUGGAAUGAACAUUGGACAGUCGAUGGUAUCUCCAUCUCUCUAAUGCUACCACCAGGCCGGCUCAGGCGCUGAGCAAUGACUCCAAUGCCACUUUCGCAAACUUCUCGAGGCUGACCUAGCGGUUGUCCUGACAAAUGAGGUUAAGGAUCAGAAGAUCUUACAGAACUAUGUUUUCUAUCCCAACUUCUCUUACUAGGUGGAGGAGGAGGAGGGGGGGGGGUUAAUAUUAUUAACUAUCAUAAGAAUGUGUCAACAAAAUCAUUUAGGCACACCAGUUAAACCAGAGUCUGGGUUUAUCCAAGUAACAAAAUAUUACUAACCUUUGAUGUAACAAUAGCAUUGUUUUUGACAUGCUUAACACACAGCCAGGCAGAUUCUGCAUCACGAAGCUCGUCAUUGGAAUCCUGGAGAUGCCAUCGACUGUUUGUAACAAAUAGAAUUAUGGGGACAUGUGAAUAGGAUACAAGGUAGGUAGACACACAAUAGUUUCAACUAUUUUGAAUAUGGGUAUAUGUGAACAAGAUAUUAAUUAUCUGUUGUAAUAUAAUGCUUUUAAUUCUUUUGUUAAA